AUGGCGUCGCGGGAGAUGAUUGCCGACCCUUCGGGGCUGUCCGAGAGGACCGUCUCUCAGUUGCACGAGAUCGCUGACUUGAUGGACGAGAUUUAUACGACCCUCGCCAAGAUGCAAUACAUCCCCGAGCAUGCUAUCAACCGCGCGCCGCACCGCGAGCCGCCCAUUAACCUUAAGCUAGCUAGAAAGCUCGGUUUGAACCGGGCAAUCACCUAUCUGCACCAGAUUUUGCCGUACGUAGAUCUCACCGCUGUGGAGGCCGGUGACUUCGUCUUGGGAGGCGACUUUGUCGAUUUUCGGGAUCGUGAAUUGUUGGAACUCAGCCGUGACCCGCUCUCUGUUGACGACGACACGUAUAUGAGACCCUCCUCUACCACACUUUCUAUGAUGCGGAACCAUCAGCAUGUCAUUCUAUAUGAUGCCAAGCUUAACCGAAUUUGGAUCGUAGACCAGCAGUCUUCGGGCAGCUUCGACCCAUUACCACAUUUAGGUGAUUCAGAUGCAAAGCAUGAUGGAGAGGUUGAUGAAGAAGAAGAUGAUGAAGAGGAUGACGAUGAACAGGAGGACGAUGACGACAAUGAUGAAGAAGAAGACGUGGAAGAGGGUGACGACGACGGCGAUACUGACGAUGAAGAUGACGAAAGUGAAGACGAAGAGGACGGCGAGUACAACUUCUACGGCAUGCGAAGUCGCCCCGCCCCCGAUGUCCUGAGAGCCAUCAAGCAAUGGUUCGUCGACCUCAAACGACUUCCUGGGGGUGGUGAGGAAGCAAGCGGGGUAUGGCAGAUGACGGCCGACGAUAGGAAAGAGUUCUACAAAAGAAUCCCUGAGCAUCUAGUCGUCCGCGAACGAGAUGAUAUGAAGUACUUGUACCGCAAGCAUGGCUGGCCUAACAACUUUGAUGGUGCUGCUUUCAACGCAGACAGGGCGCGUCUAGAAGCACGUUGCAAUGCCGUAUCCGAUUUCAACGACAUCAGAGAAAAGGUACAGCGGCAACAAAGCACCAUGGAAUGGAUCAACCGCGAUUUGCUGAAGCAUAGAAACGAAAUGCAAGCCGCAGAGUCAGACGACACGAGACUUGCCGCUGAGUGGGAAUUACGAAAAUUGGAGAUUAUCCGAGAUAGAUCCCUCAGGACGCACCAAGAAGAAAGACUCGAGCUUGAGAGGGUUUUCCCUAGUGGCCGAAACUUGCUGGAAGACGAGCUGUAUCUCGGGGAAAGCGAGAACUUGGAACGGACUCUGGACUGGCUGGAGCGCAGCUUGAAAAAUAGCAAAAAGCGGGAGCCUGGACUGGGGAAGAAAGAGUCCAACAAUCUCUACCUUCUGGAGGCGCAGCACGUCCGCGUGAGAAGAGCUCUCGAUGAAUGCCGUGCAGAUCUAGGACAACGUGGACUGACCCCGCGCACUUGGGUUCCAGAAAAUGUCAACUUCACAAGAAGUCAGCAGUGGAGACGCGAGAUCCGGACCCAUGAGCUGCCUUCAAAACAGCAGUUCCUCGAUCAGCUACCUGUCAAUGCAACAGCGAUGAGGCAGGCAGUGCAGGCCGAUAUCGACAGAACCCAGAAGGGUCUGGAAGACUCGUUGGAGAAGGACAAAACGAUCAUUAGACUGCACGCUGAUAAAGGAGAGCCAAUUAAGGGCUAUGAAACUGUCGAGUGUCUCAAGGAUUAG